AUGCGUGCCCCAGUCUUCUCGUUGCUAGAGCGAGGACAAGCGCGAGGAGCUUUGCUGGCCGCCCACGCCGCCGCCAGCGACCGCGAGGACGCGCAGCAGCAGCUGGCGCAGCCACUCAAGACGCUGUCGGAGGAGCUGGAGCUCGUGGCGGCCGCUGCGACGACCGUGCCGCUCGCCGCCGCGCUGACCCCGGACUUCUAUGCAAGCUACCUGCUCAUUGUGCUGCUGGCGAAGAAAAUGAAUGACGCGCGGUUCCUGUGGAAGCGCAUCGCGCGGAGAACUCCGAGGAGCUCCGGUGCUGUGUGGGAGAUCGGCAAGGCGCUGUGGCAGCCUGCCACCCGCGAGGGCACUGCAGAGCUGCUGAGUCUUGCGUAUUCGACAAUUUCGGUCAGCGACGCCGCGCUGGGCUUAGCUCGGCACGAAGACGCGAUGCAGUACUGCUCGUCGCUGAACUGGGAGGUGAAUGCGGCGGACCAAAUGAUCCUGCCAGAACACGGUGUUCAAGCCGUGAGCACGCGCAGUAGCAAGAGCAGCAAGAGCAACAGCAGCAGCUCGUCGUGGAAGCAGAAGCGGCGACGGCUCAAGACGGAGCGGCUCAGCAGCACGACCAUGGCCAUUGGGACCUCCGUCAUCUCCAAAAGCUCCCCCAGUCUGGCAACUGGUCGUCUACAUCCCCACCGUGCUCCUUUCGUCCACGUCAAGGCUCCACAGCCUUACUUUUGCGAGCCACAGCGUGCUGAAGUCCGACAUCUGCACGUUCGAGACGGACUUGAUGCCGCCCGGCCAAGCGCCCACGGGGUUUGCAAGGUCGCGCAGAUCGUGGGCGACGACCUGGCGGUGACGAAUCCCAUCGAGCAGAAGGCUUGCGACGCUUUCCUGCUGAAGGUGAACCAGAUCGCCAGCAACACGGCGUCGAUUGAGGCAGUGACGGUGGAGAAGAAGGUGCUGAAGGUGAACCAGAUCGCCAGCAACACGGCGUCGAUUGAGGCAGUGACGGUGGAGAAGAAGAGUGUGGCCGCCGGUGUUAAGAAGGGCGCUCCGUGCCAUGCUGAGCGUUUGGUCAAGUACAACCAGGCUCAGUCUAUCGAGAAGGAUCGCGACGAUAAGACAACGCUAGUGGGAAUGGAGAAGCUGGACAAGUGCCGGAUGUCGACGAAGCAGCAUUAG